GUACAGAUGGAGUUGAAGCUGUAUGUCUUCUUUGCAUUAUUUCUCGUUGAUAUUGCUCUUACAAGUGGCGGUGUCUUGAACCAAACAGGGUAUAUCAGUAUAGAUUGCGGCUUACAACCUAACAUGUCUACUCACGUUGAGGGCAGUACAGACUUAAAGUACGUUUCUGAUGAGGCAUUCAUAGACACUGGUGUAAGGAAGGUCGUAUCAAAAGGUAAUUGGCAACAGCAGUAUAUGUCUCUUAGAAGCUUCCCUGAAGGAGAUAGAAAUUGCUACAAAAUAGGGGUCACAACAGGUACUAAAUAUUUGAUCCGAGCAUCAUUCUUUUACGGAAAUUACGACGGUGAAGGUAUGCCGCCAACUUUCGACUUAUAUCUUGGAGCCAGUUUAUGGGAUUCAGUAAAGACGUCGAGCUCUUCAGAUUUCACAAUCGACCCAGAGAUCAUACAUGUCCCUCAGAAAAACCAUAUUCAUAUCUGUCUUGUCAAGACUAGCCAUGGCAUCCCAUUUAUAUCAGCCAUAGAAUUAAGGCCUUUGGAUAAUUCAACUUAUCAAGCUCAAACAGGAUCCUUGGCAUUGCUCGAUCGGCUUGACACUGGUGUCAGUACAUGGACCAGGUAUUAUGGAGAGGACAUGGAUGUUUAUGAUCGUCUCUGGUCUGCACAGAAAUAUGAUGAUUGGAAAGAAUUAAGCACAAAUCUACCCAUUGAUUCUGAAGAUCAAUCCGACCAUUAUAGCAUACCAUCACUAAUUAUGAGCACUGCUUUCACACCGAAAAACGAAGAAGCUCCUUUGGAAUUUCCGUGGACUGCAACUGAUGAAUUUAGUAACGGUACAUAUUAUUUUUACAUGCACUUUGCUGAAAUCGAACAACUCCAAGCCAACGAGUCUAGAGAAUUCAACAUAUUCUACAACGGUGAUCUCUUGUUUGGACCUGUUUCCCCAAAGCACUUGCAAAGAACAACGUUGCACGCCGAAACUCCAUUUUCGGGAUUUUACCAUAAUUUCUCAAUCCGCAAGACUGAAGCCUCAACUCAUCCACCCAUUAUCAAUGCCUUUGAGAUUUACACUGUCAAAGAAUUUUCAGAGUCUGAAUCUGACCAACAAGAUGUUGAUGCCAUCACCACACUCAAGUCAACUUAUGGAUUACGGAGAAACUGGCAAGGAGAUCCAUGUGCUCCUAAAAAGUAUUUAUGGGAAGGUCUAAAUUGUAGUUAUGAGAAUACUACCCCAAGAAUUAUAUCCUUAAACCUUGAAAACAACAACCUCAAUGGUCAACUUCCAGAUGAACUUAUUGAGAAAAGGGACAAAGGUCUUCUAACACUAAGUGUUGGUGGGAAUCCAAAUCUAUGUGCAUCAGUUUCUUGCAAAAAGAAAAAUUUUCUUGUUCCAGUUGUGGCAUCACUUGUCGGAACUUUUGUUCUUCUCUUAGCUGUCGCAGCAAUCUGGUGGGGUCUUAAAAGGAAAAGACAGCAUGGUUCAUCAAAGGCAAAAUCUACCUUUGGUCAAUAUUCAUCGGAGUACUCGACAAAACGGCAAUUUACAUACUCUGACAUACUAAGAAUUACCAACAAUUUUGAGAGAAUUAUUGGUAAAGGCGGAUUUGGAACAGUUUAUCAUGGUCAGAUAGGUGAUACUCAAGUAGCUGUGAAAAUGCUUUCACCGUCAUCUUUUCAAGGAUAUAAACAAUUUCAAGCAGAGGUCAGCGUUCUGCUGAAAGUUCAUCACAAAAAUUUAACAACUUUUGUUGGUUAUUUCACUGAUGAUCAAAACAACGCUGGGCUUGUCUACGAGUAUAUGAACAGUGGAGAUCUACAAUCUCAUCUCUCAGAUAAUAGUUCCACUAACAUUCUGAAAUGGGAAGACAGACUUCAUAUAGCAAUGGAUGCAGCACAAGGAUUGGAGUAUCUACAUCAUGGUUGUAAACCUCCUAUAAUCCACAGAGACGUGAAACCGGCAAAUAUCUUGUUGAAUGAAAACUUCCAAGCCAAACUCUCUGAUUUUGGCAUAUCCAAAACUUUUCCAACUGGCUUUGAGAAAACAAGUCAUGUACUAACAGUAGUUGCUGGCACUCCCGGAUAUAUUGACCCAGAGUACUACAAGUCAAAUAGGUUAAAUGAGAAAAGUGAUGUUUACAGCUUUGGGAUGGUAUUGUUGGAAAUCAUCACAGGCAAACCUGCAAUGUCAAAAGCCCAUGACAAUAUUUGCCUGGGUGAAUGGGUCACUUUAAUGCUUGAAGAAGGGCGUAUCAAUAGUAUAGUUGAUCCAAGGUUGCAAGGAAAUUUCAGCGUGAACACUGCCUGGAAAGUUGUUGAAAUUGCCAUAAAUUGUGUUUCUCCAAGUUCAGCCCAACGGCCUACCAUGGGUCAAGUAGUGGGAGACCUAAAGGAGUGUUUGGAAAUUUCAAAAGUUGCAAAUGCUCAGGAGAAUGGAUUGAGAGAUUCAUAUGAGAUGAGUCAAUUGGAUUUGAUCAGUGCUGAUAUGACUCAACCCUUGGCUAGGUAGAUCCAUAGAUAUACUUAUCAUUUAGUAUGUAUUUGAGCAUGAUCAGUGGCUUCUUAGACGUAACAAUUUUAUGUUAUAAUAAAUGUUGUGAUCACGUAACAGUUUUAUGUUAUA